AUUUUGCGCCAUAUUGGCUAUGAGCAGCGGUAUCACCGCGAUUGCAAAACAUGACUUCCUGGGUCAGAGCGAGACGGAGCUCACCUUCCAGGCAGGCGCUCGAAUAACAGUGAUCACCGAACGCGAGCCCGGUGAUUGGUGGAAGGGCGAGAUCGGCGGUAAGCGAGGCUUUUUCCCUUCAUCUUUUUGUGAUAUUUGUAGAGAAAGAGCUAUUUCAACCGAAACCCUGCCGCCAGACUUGAAGAAAACUCAGCUUGCCACGCAAGCGCAUAACCUGAAACGACCGACAGAGACAGCAUGUGAAACGUCUCGUUCCGAGCAUGAACCGAACACAGGGACGACCCUCGCAAGGGGUCAUAUGUUGAGUGACAGGCUGCUGUCUACGUCAGUCCCAUGCGCGCCACCUACACUUCUCGAGGAAACUACAAGGACGUACACACCCGUCGUUGCAAGGGGAGAUUCGGCAGUACAGGCUGGAAAGGCCGCGAAUUUGACGCAAGGCAAGACCAAGGUAGUUGACUGUGCAACAUACCGCCUAGAUGCGUUUGCGGGAUUGACGCUGGCACAUCGAGGUCUCAUGCAGAAGCUUUCGGAUCACGAAAUGAUGCCAGCUGCGCAAGCUUUGCACAACGCUGGAGCUGCGGCAAAGCUCGCGCGCGUUGCGCUUUUAAGUUUUUCACCACAGACGGUGGCGGCGACCACGCUUGGUGUUAUGCUAGAGGACUUUGUGGUAAGCUGCGAGCGGGUUGCGCGGUUUGCAGGCGCGGAGGACGCAGCUGGUGUACACGAUCUUGCUUGCUACUGCUGUGCACGAAUGACACGCGUUCAACCAGGUGAGGUAGUACUCCUCCCACUAGGAUGGCUUGGCGCCGCAUCAGGGACGAACCCUCCGCAAGUGGCGAUUGUGCUCAUGGCGUUUCGUCGGCGACAAGAUCGACCAAGUGCCUUUGAUUGCGCACUCAUUAAUAGCGGUGGUAUGGGCGGUGCGGGUGGGGACGGAGUUGCAACGGCACGAUAUCACGAUCUUAAGGUCGACCCAGGAAAUGCAGAACUUUGGUCCCGUGCUGCCAUCAUGAUAGCAGAUGUGCCCCAGGAAAAGUUACAGGAUGGAGGAAUCUGGUUCAUCUUCUACCGACUUCUCGUCUUUCCGCACGCAAUGCACCAGUGUCGCGCGAUGCACGAUGCCUGCGUAUUCUAUGAGCGCAUCCUCCCCACACUCAACGGUGUGCGGCCCGUUCAGGCCAACGUUAGUACAUCGGCAGCUUGGGUCCCUGGCGUGGGUGGAGGCGAUCCAGCAGGCGGCGCAUUGCUUGCCUCUGCAUUGCGCGAAGCAGCAUUAUUAAUCGGUGAAUGUAGCGCGGCAGCUGACGGGUACCUCACACUCACACGGCUUCAGCUCCUGGUCAUGGCACAGCGUGACCUCGAUCACGCGUCCUCUUUGUCGGCAUGUGAUGCGGCGGUGCUCGACUGUGCAUGCCAGAGUGUUGCACGCGAAUGCGCGGAGCGAGCAUCCGAGGAUGGAUCACUAGUCGGCGAAAGGUCGCUUCAAGUCUGCCUCGAUUGCUGCAUCGCGCUGGACAAGAGACGUGCAGCUCUGGAGGCGUCCCUAUCAUUGGAUGAUGGCGUGCGCGCGGCAGCCUCGGCUGCUUGCAUUUACAGAAGUGCGCUGGGUGGGCUCAUAGCACCCGGUGGGGCGUGUUUUCCACUCUUUGGUCGCUUCCGCCGUGAUACUGACGUUAGUUCCCUCGCGGGAGCGGCCCUAAUUCCACCAAUAACCUUGCCCGUCGAACUAAGCAUGGUACCGGACACCAUUGACAGCUAUGAAUCGGCUGCAAAUCUCUUGCGCCGCACUAGUGAUGUGUGCAGCCUUCUUGCAAAUCAGGCCCACCUGAUCCGUCACACUUACCUCAUGCGUUUUGCGCUCCUUAUGCAUACUCUCACACGCGUGCUACCGCUGCCGCAACCUCUCUACAAUGCAGUGACUGGAGCGCAGAUGCCCGCAACAGGGUGCUUUUGGCGGCGGAGUCCAAUUCGGCGCGAGACUCAAGUUGACCUCCUUGACCUAUUGCGGCGCACAUCACGCCAUUUAGCAUGCACAGCACUUUCCGUGACCGUGACACGAUCAUUGGAUGCGGCGCGCAUUCUUGCUUCUGGAUGUAUAGCUGUUGUUGCCGAUGCAGUGGUACGCAGGCGAGCUGCCGACACGCCCAGUUGGCUUUCUCUUCACUAUUCGGGCGAAGCUCCGGGCCCGACGUCACCAUUCGGCUUCGAUCUUGGUGUCUAUGAUGUUGAAUCGCGCUAUUCAGCCUUCGCCGAGCCCAACCUCUGUGCAGCUCGCACGAUGGUUCUCGACUAUUUCGCGGGACUGCGAGCGGCAGUACCAACCGAGGGCAUGGUAUUUGCGUUCGAGCGUGCGGGCAUCCUUGGUGCAGGUGACCGUACAUUUCUUAACCAACUCUGUCUCCAGACAGGCAUGCCACUCCUUGACCAACCCGAAGUCUAUCUUACGGGAGAGCGACAAGAACUUGCAUCGUCGCCGGGGUCUUCUUUAAAUAAUGUUGGUGCCUAUCCAGAGCUCGCCUGUUUCCGCGACGUGGUCUUCGCGUUCAAGGCGCUCCAGGUGCCUACGUCUGACGCUCUUCCACCAGUCCGCGCAUGGAGACCUGAGGAUGGCGUGUUGGUUUGGCGUUCAAAGGUGUCAACACCGAAACCUAAGCCCAAACGCAAGGCUGGUUAUCAAAUCCCACCACGCCCAAUUAUUUGCAGAGCCUUUGGUCAGGUUCUCACUGUAGCACCAGCUUCGAACAGUGCCCGCACAGCUGAGGAGGCUCGACAACAGCGAUCGACUUGGAACCAUUUCCUAGACUUCGUCGGUCUGGGCAGUUUACCACGGGUGCCACCCUCACGGGGUGACCCCAGCGUGCUCGUUGGUGCGAGAGUGGAAACAGAGGAAGAUGUGCUGCACGUUCGACAUCUACCCGACUUUGGAGGCCACCUCAACGGCCGAGAUUCGGAGCUUAUGCUAUCAUAUCUGACUGCACCAUAUAUUCGCACUCCGUUGAUUCUGCGCUUUUUUUCCGAUCACGCUCGCCUUCGUGCGCUUGCCUCUCCUGAACUCCGUGAUGCGCUCAACCUCGACACGGGCCGAUAUUCGCGAACGACAGGAGCUGUGCUUCUCUAUGUUAUCCGCACAAUUGUCCGUGUCGAGAGUUUCUGUCUUUUCCUCCUGCGCAAGCACGCGUUUCGAGACCACUCACUGUCUGCAGAGAUGAUGUGGCUAGGAGAAACGCGCGGUUUAGAUUGUGACGAGGCAUCGCUGGCAAUUAUGGAUGCCGCAGUGAUGAGGUGGCAUAAUCAGCUCCAACUACGCGCUUUCCCUUUACUCGCACACUGGGUGCGCCACGCGACUAAUGCCCAGCAGUUGGGCACGGCAUGCAUUGUCUAUGCUCAUCUUGCAUACGUCUACAAGAACACCCUUGAAACUGAUCUUGACCAGAGAUCAGUGGCAACUCUCCUCACGGCGCAGAUAUUUCUAAAUGUGCACUACACCUUCGACUCGGAACCCGAGCCUCCACCGCCCAUCGAUCAAGAUGGAAAAGACGUUCGUCUGCCAUGCGGGAGAAAUCGAGCCGAUUUCGUCGAACGCCACAACGCCGAGCUUGGGGUCCCCCAGACCGAAAUUUGUGAUAUCUUUGCUCGCCAUCGUCGAGGGCUGAUAAGAUGGCUCGAGGAUGCUUCAGCACCUUUGCGCGCUGAAGCGCUCGAGGCCGUUGUUCGUACCAUUACUUUCACGCGGCGUAGUGAGGUCCUUGAGGACAACCCGGAUCUGUCCUCCGCACAAUUGAAUGCAAGAUGCGGCACUGUUGUAGCAUCACAACUAUCUGCACGUUCGUGGAAUGCCAUGGCACUUCCUGGAUGUGCGGGUCGGUACGUGCCUGACACGGAGGCUUCCCAGCUUGCCGCUGCCAUUCAACCACGGCCGGCAGAGAUGUUCGAACAGUGGCUCAGGCGGGUAACAACUACCGCAGUUGACACGGAGGUGAACGUCCAAUUUGGCGAAUUCACGCUCAAGAAGCAUGCCGUGCGAUCUCUGGAUCACCGCCUUCGGCGCCUACCCGAUUUUGUAGAUAUUUUUGGUCCACCUUCGUCCGAGCAGCAUUUAUUCGGCGCACUGCGGAUUCAGUGUGCUGAGGUCCGCAACACUACACGGCGGUCGUGGCUCAGACUCGUGGGUAGACGCCAUGAUCUCCAGCAUUGGGACGCAGACUCGGAGCGAUUCCCCGCAGCACUUGGCACCACCAAACUUUAUGCCCCCAAAGCGACGACCGAUGGAAUACACGCCUGGAUAUCCGCCGCAUUCGAGCCCGUGCGACAACGCUACUUCGCCGAUCUUAGUGGUCGCUGGACGUACGCUGGUGCACCGAAUGAAGUUUUUGCGGUGCUUCAAGCAAAAUCCUCUGCUGACGUGCCCAAGGCCGCCAGCAAUGAUGCAGAUGCGGAUAAUGCCUUCCAGAAUAGUUUUGACGAAAGCGACAAGCUUGAGGCUAUUUCUGACGGGGGGGAAAAUGUUGAUGAGGUGACAAACGCGCCCCUAUCAGCAUCCACGGAUGGACUUGACGCAAUUGAAGCCAAGGCCAAGGCUGUAGCCGAACGCGCUGCUCGGCGGGAAACGAUCCGGCAGCUCAAACAGAAACCUAGUCUGGACCUGAGAGAAAGGGCCGUUCUUGCCGCCGCUGAGGCGGCCGAGCGUGAAGAUGAAACAGCGGUGACUGCUGAAGGCCAGUCAGGUGAUUCAACCGUGGAUUCAAAAGCAAGACGGCCCUGGAAUUAUGUUCGCUCAAAGAAGGACCAAGAGGCUGUGCCGCAUGCGAUCGAAUCCGUCGUACAUACAUUGAAAGAGGUGGUGGUCAUCCGAUCGCCACCCUCUGUCCACGUGUUUAAUGUAGUUGAGCACGGGCGGCGGUUCUACAGGACCCUGGUGUUUGCAUCCGACGCCAGCCGCUGUAUGCACAGCGAUGGUGGCCUCGCCUUGGAGGCCGCGCCGCGCACAGAGUCCGACGCAAAAGCUGGCGCCUGCCCUUCGCUCUCGGUCGGUGAUGCGGCGAGGCCUGCGCCGCCACAGCCCUCUCUAGUUGUCUCUCGUCAUCUGCAUGCAGAUCUCGGAGAACAAGCUUACAUUCCAAAGCGCUUUUUGUUCGGAUUGUUGCCUGGAGCACUUCUUGACCAGUAUGUAUUUUGGCAAAAUGCCAAUAACGACCUCGUCGGCUAUCCGGCUUCGGAUACUCUUGGCGAAGAAGACAGUAUCUCAGCCCCGCGGCCACGUGCUGAACCUGCCUCAGUUCUUCGAGUCCGUCUCGUCAAUAUAGGUGCACCAGAUCUUACUGGCAUGGGUCAAGCAUCUGCUGUGGCUAUUGCAGUGCGCGUCCCUCUAAAAACGGUGCACGCUGGGCAGAUGCCUACGCUUGUCGCCACAGGCUUCGACUACUCAAGACACGCAAGCGAUACGCUUCUCUCAGCUGGGUCGGCUGAGGAGGCACUCGGCCUUGCCGCAGUUGAUGUUACCGUGGCACCCAUGACGCUUCUUAAUGCAAUUCACGCACCCCCAAACUCACCGUUGCAUACAAUAGCGCAUGUUUUUGGUUGUCUUGACGAUCUCUCUCAUGUACUUUUCUGGAGUUAUGGCGCCAGGAUUGGCCCCGGUGAUGUUGCAAACCCAAGCUUGGUAGAACUUCCACGUGUUGGUGUUAAGUUUGCUAUUGCCCCUAAUGGAGAUCUCAACUCAGUAGAUCACCCUGGAUUUAAGGUCUAUAGAGGCACGGAUGAUGCACUUAGCGAGCUCAUUCGUGGCUGUCCGCACGCGCUCGUUCUUGAGGGACGUGAUGAGUCUUUGGUAGCCAUGGUGCCGGCGACUGCGAAGCCAUUGUGUGCAGACGAAGUACGAGCUGGUCACGCAUCCAAGAAAUCAGCACCGGUUACUUCCCGAGGUAUGCUUCUUGAUCGGCGUGAUACUGAGUGGCUAGGAAACCUCAGUUCAUUAGAUGCCCGACACUACUUAUAUCCGAUCCACAGUUCACAUGCGUGUCUUGCUGCGCCCUCUGUUGCAUCUGCUCUCCAUCUUUUAGUUGUCCGCCUCCUUUCGCGACGCUAUGCCGACGCGUUUCGCCUUUGCACGAGCUGCGUCACGGAUGCACCACUGUCUCCUGACGAGCUCCAGCUCUGGCAGCGCCUCCGCCCACUCUCCUACGAUGAAGCGCCCGACGCUAUAGCCACGCGCCUGCGGCUUGCCCUUGUGACUGCGGCCGUUGCCAACGUCAUGAUGCCCGCUUGGGACGUUACCCGUGACGCGCGUCUUUACUUUCUGUCACGGGAUCGUGUCAGUAUGCCGUGCCGUCUCACUCCCCGUGAUGAGCUCGAGGCAAUAGAAUCGUUAAGUGGUAUCGCCCGAGGUGUUGUCGAUGUCAGUGACGAGGCAGGCUGGCUCCUGCUGAAUCGGCGCGACCUCUUGCGGCUUGCUCUCCGCGCGGAUGCGCCACGAGAGCCAAAGCUGGGCGUUAUGGGCGCAUCAGUGUGGAGAGUCACGGGCGUGGCAUGCUGCCGACGCCUCUGUGCGGUACUCGACCACGGCGUUGAACUUCAGGGAGGCAAAGGCGCUUUGGGGUUUCUCUUUUUGUACGAAUUGCUAACGGGCACGCUCAAAUUUGGCGUCCGGUCUGAAGACUCACCAUAUCUACUGGCUUCUUAUCUCGUAGCGCUGCUCCCCGAAGAUGCGCGCGGUGGUGGCGUCAAAGCUCCUCCAGGUUCGCUUGCCGGCAAACUCCGAGCAAUCUUAGACGUGGCAUGUGCGGCACCUUCACUCGUGUCUGGCAUGCCCAAGUUUGACGAUACACGCAAGUUCAAGCUCACGACUAUAGUUGCCGGACAGGACGUUGCGAAGAAGUUAUUAAGGAACGUGCAACAGUACUUCUCAAGCAAACGCGCAGACCUAGCGCGUCUUCCACGAUAUCGCGCGCACCCGGCACAAGCGGUCCUUCCUGUCAUUGCUCUCGAUGCAGUCAUCGCAAAUGGUGCUCGCUCUUGGCGCAGUGUUGGAUAUCUAGCUGACACUGCAAUGCCACAACGUGCAGUACACCGAGCCACCGACGUGGAUCCUGCGCGCCUUAGACUCGAGGCAGGUGCCAAUGUUGCUGCCCAAUCAGUGGUUGCUAGGCGCACACUUGCGCGUCUUGAGGUCGAUGCAGCGGAGUAUGCAGCAGCAGAAAGGGAGCGUACCACGCCCAUGAUCCGUGGUCUUGCGACUCUAAGCGAGAUUGCCGAUGCGGCUACAGCGCCCCAGCCGCAUCUUGAACGCGUCGCUGAGCUCACGCGGCGCCUGCUAGUCUUGCGUGCUGCAGAUGCAGCCUAUACACAGAAGGCGGCAGAAUUGUCCAUCCUCGCCGCUGGGGAGGGUGGCGGUGGCGUGAGAGAUAAAGCAUGGGCUCUAAAGAUUCGUGGUGGACUUGAAGCAGGCCUUUGGUUUGAAUCUUUGGUAGAGCAGCUUCUCGACACACAUGGUGAUGGUGAACUCAAUGACGCCAAUCCAAGUCUUGGGGCCCGAGGGGUUGCUGUGGUGCGAGAGCUUUCAGUCCGCGCGCUCCUCGCUGCGAGCCGCGCUGCACAGCUGGGUCGAUGUUGCGCAGCAGCCGAGUCACUUUGUGCUGCGUUGGUAUCUGCGGUGCCCGAUGUUGCUGAAAUUACCCUACGAUCACGUGCAUUUGCCGAAGAGCUUGAUUCAAGGCGACCCUACUGUCGAUUUGAUGGCGUUGGUGACGGUGCGCUCUUUCAUUUUGACCCGCGGCUCCUGGUCUUUGAGUUCGUGCAUGGCCUUCUGUUGCGACCUGCGCAGUGCCGUCUAGUCGAAACCUUUGUGUCCUCUGCGUGCAAGGGCGUAUCACACUGCGAGCAAAUGAUCAUGGGCGGCGGUAAGACGACGGUCGUAUCUCCUCUCCUUGCGCUUUUCCUAGGCGAUGGCGCGCGGCUCGUUUGUCAAGUCGUGCCACACGCUCUCCUUGAAUUCUCUAGAAAUACAAUGCGAGAGCGUUUUUCGAUCAUCGUGAAGAAACCUGUAUACACCCUACGUUUCGACCGCUAUACAGAGCUAAAUUUGACCUUUUCACAGAAGCUUGAGUGUGCUGCUCUUCAGCGAGCGAUGAGCUCGAUCACGCGUACAGUCUUCGGAGUACAACGUCCACAGCAACAGACGGGAAUAUUCUCGUUUUGGCGCCGGCGCGGCGCCGAUGGCUCUGAAAUUGAUGAAGUUGUGCUUCGGUCCCAAGCUGAGAUUGGCGCCCAAGUCCUGCACCUGUUCAAUGGCAGUCAUUGUCUCCUUGAUGAAGUGGACUUAAUUCUCCAUCCUCUCAAAUCGGAGCUCAACUGGCCACUGGGUAGCAAGGCUCCGCUCGACUUCACUGUGUCCCCCGCUACGGGUGCGCUCGGGAAACGAUGGCUUGCGCCCUACCAUCUCCUCGAUGCAAUAUUUUUCUGCGCGGGCCAUGACCUGAGCGUUGGCGACUUUUCUGAAUCGAUUGAAGCCCACAAUCACCUUCAAACUGUCAAGCGCGCUCUCGGGGAUGGCAUAAAAGAUAAAGUUGUACAACUAGCACCGCAUGUGGUAGUGCUGAGUCGACGCUUCUACGAUUCCAAGAUGCUUAGGCCUCUCGCGGGCUGGGCACUGCUUUACCUGCGCACCGCUGGACUUCGUGGAAUCGAAGACGCUGUCGCACUUGAUUACCUAACGCAAGGUGGCGCAACGUGCGGUGCAGCAAACAGAGCCACCGUCAAUACGAACGUUGAUGAUGAAGGUGUGAAGCUCCUCAAUCUCAUGUCUGAAUGGUUGCGAAAUAUUCUUCCCUUCGUCUUGGGUAAGGUCAAUCGCGUCUCGUUUGGCCUGCUUGCUGAUUGCGACCUUGAGCGACUAAACGAUGCACGUACGCCGGUGAGCCGGCGUCUUUGCGCCGUGCCAUUUGUGGGCAAAGAUGUACCGAGUCGCGCCUCGGAAUUCAGCCAACCAGAUGUGGUUAUCGGACUGACAAUUCUUGCAUACCGUUAUGAGGGCCUUCGCGUGACUGACUUUGCAAUUGUCCUCAGGUUAUUACGGGAGACCAUGGCGGCCGAAACAGGGCCGUACGAGAAGCGCCCUGCGUGUAAAAAAUUUGCGCUUUGGGUCAAGGCCGGACGAUCUGAGGUCCAGCUUUUUGACUUGCUCUUUGAAUAUGAUGAUGGACUUUGCAGUGGCAUGAAAUAUGACGACAUCUGGCCACUGCACAUAGUAAAUGUACACGACAAGGAGCAGCUACAUGCACUGUUCUGCUUACUGCGCAAGGUCCCGCUGGUCUCGCGCCACUACCUACAUACACACGUUUUCCCAGCAACUUGUGCUCACCAGGGGCUCAAACUUUCAGCCUGUGGACAGGACCUUGGCGGCGACCUCAUUUUUGGGACUCGCCUUGGAUUCAGCGGCACGCCCUCAGAGCUUCUGCCUCUGGAGCUCGGUGCAUGCUGUUACGAACGCGAAUCCGAUGGUAAAAUGGUUGCGAUUUUAUCUGACUCUAGUGUCUGCGCUUCAGCACCGCUUCCGAAUGACUGGAAUGCGGACUCCGUCCUCUCACGCUGCGCUCAGGGCGACCUUUCUGCGCUGAUCGACACCGGUGCCCUUGUCACUGGCUAUGGGAAUCGCGACGUUGCCGAGGCACUGCUGUUCGGGAAAGGCAAAUUUGGUUCGCUCCCUACGUUGCCCGCGGAGAAGUUCGACGGGGUCGUUUACCUAGACGACGCGGACCGAAAAAUGAUACUAGUGAGAGACGGGUGCCGCACACUGCCUCUCGAUCAGAGUGGCAUUCCUGCCAAGCGAAGGUUCUGCUUCUAUGAUCAGAUCCAUACGACGGGCAUGGACAUCAAGCAAGGACUUGACUCAAGGGCUGCUAUCACGCUUGCCAAGGAUAUGACAUUUCGGGAUUAUGCUCAAGGCGCCUUUCGAAUGCGUGGUAUUGGGAAAGGCCAGACGCUGCUGGUUCUCGUAGCUCCUGAAAUACUGAAUCUUGUCGCCACUGCGAUGACACCUUCGUCGAUGGACACCCUGACCCAUCUCGAGCGACUCCGAACAGACUUAAACAAGGGGAACUUAGAUCAAGAUGGCUUGCUCCUCCCCGAGCUGAUGGGCUGGCUUGUCCUCAAUGGGAUGCGCUCUGAGAAAAUUCAAUUCAAUCUCCUGAGUGAACAAAGACUCGCCAAUAUCUGGCGGAAGAAUGCGUACCGUGAGCUUUGUGGCGAUGCUCGUCGGCGCGUCGGUAGUGUCGCCGCAACGCCACGUGAUCGUGCCAGCCUAGAUGUCUUUCGUGAGCGACUUGACUACCGAGUCGAGAACACGAUUCCAACUUCCGUUGACUUCCAUGUUAAACUCACUGCCCUUGUUGAAUGCCAUCGAGCUCUCAUCGUCACUGAUCAUGACCGUCAAAUCAUUGCUCAUGUGCUUGAUCAGUCAAGGCCAUUUGGGGCGGAAUCGAGUCUCGAAGAUGGGGUCGGGGCGAGCACCGAUUCCGCACCGAUGACAGAAGUAUGCUCCUUGAACUCAGAACAGGUGCAAGAACAGGAACAGGAACAAGAGCAAGAACAGGAACAGGAACAGGAACAGGAACAGGAACAGGAACAGGAGGAACUUCCCUGUGAAUUCGUUCCUCGCAAAUAUCAGCGUGACACUGAAGGGCCAACGACCUGGUACCUCGAGGAACUUGGGAUACAGGCAGUGCCAGUAUGCUUCAAGCCCCUGUCAACAUUUGGCGUCUUCACAGCGAUUGGUCAGACACCUCGAACCUGCAGCUUCCCAGAGGGUGUUUUCUUCAGCGAAAACUAUUAUAAAGCCGCUUGGGGCCUGCACACCCACCGACGCCUCAAGAAUGCGAUGGUGGUCCUCGAGUGGGUUCCUGACAGCAACCGCGAUGUUUCUAAGAUGCCAUGUUUACCACGCCCCCCCUCGUUAUCAACUCACAAUGAAACUGACCUUGCACGGGCUUUUGACAUGUUGGAUGCUGACGCCUUAGGCGAGCUCCAGGGUGACUCGCUAGAUAAUGCCCUCGAAGCUCUUGACGUGCCUUUGCGCGAGCGACCUUCUGUGGCUCUAGACAUGUCUACGACAAGCUGCACGCUCGAGGCUUUCAAGCAUGCGGUUCUGACUCGGGCGGUUUACAGACCAGCUCAAAAUCGCUUUUACGUCAUCCUGUCGCUGCCCGAGGCGGAGGUAGUCAGAGCGCACACACACCAGCGACGGUAUGUGGAUUUUUCGCCAGGCCUGCCGGCUUGUGACAUCAUGCUUCACAAUACAAGUGCCCCAGGUUAUCCACUUGAUGUCUUUUGCGUCCCACGCUCGCGUAUAGUACCGAGCAAACGUGGAGCGUACCAGACUACAUCCGUGCUCGAGGCUGUGCGAUUUUUAGACAGUGAACAUCACUUUAGUGAUGCGGCUGUCGAUGCAGUGCUCCGAGCUGGUGUACAACACACCGAACCCAUGGCGCGCAAGAUAUGGUACGACGAAGUGCGUGCUUGUCGGCGUCGCCCCAAAAUUCCCGGCCUAGCGUUGGGUGCAGGGGACCCGAGAAUUCGAGGUGCCUCAACCUUCGUGGCAAAUCUUCCAUCAGAUGCCCUUGGUCUCGCCGCGCUCUUUCGUGCCGAAGAUGAGUUUGAACGCCUCGCACUUCGCUGCACUCGAACACGUGUCGCAACAGCGAUUGCAGGCAAAAAUCUUCAUGCCGUCGAUGCGUUCCGGGCUUUCGACACAAAUCGCACCGGGCUUGUGAAUUGUGGCGAACUCUGGGGUGGACUCGAGUGGCUCGGUGUGUCUGGUUUGUCUGCUGAUCGCAUAUACGAGCUCAUGCGUCUUCUGGACCGUGAUAAUGAUGGCCUUUUGACCUUGCCGGAAUUCAGAUUGGCAUUCAUGGGUGGUGGCGAUGACGAGGACUAUGACAUAAUGGCUGCUAAGCUUGACCGCCGCAGAUCUCUGGCCGGCGCUGUUGCCUCUACAGUACCCUCGGGCGGCAUUGUGCCCAAGCCGAUCGUUGAACUCGCUGUUGCGCGCGAGGGCGCGGGCAAUUUUGCUCUCAAGGCCGUUUCCAAGGCAACACUUACGAAGGUUAAGGUCAAGGCGCACUUGCAGACUCAGUUCAAUUAUGUCUGGUCAUCACGUGGCGUUGGCGCGCAUACGGAGUGCGGUGUCUGGGCACCGAAUGUCAGCCUCGGCCUCCACAAGGCUAAUCGACAUCGCCUUAAUCUUGGUCAUUAUGCACACAAGGGCCUUAGAGAUCCCGCACGAGACACCAAGCAGCAUCGUAUGACCCUGGAGGUCACAGACCUCAACGUCGCUCUUGGCAUGGUUGGUACUGGAGAUGAGAAGGCUCCGUCCACUCAAGACUUUCAUUGCGUUCCUCGCAAGUGGUGCAGACCAAUUACUUCUCCACCCAGGCUCAUAUGGGACGAUGCCGGCACUGGCGGUCGUGAUGGCGCUGUGUGGCAGGCUGGCUCCUUUGGCCUCAUGAUAGCCACUCAAGGGCACAAUCCCCCGACGAGCGAACUCCUCGAGCUGGCGUCACAACGCUUCAUGCUCGGAGAUGACUCGUGCAACGUCUGGCUCCCGCCCGGGCUUUUUGGCAAUCCGACCGACACAAUCCCAGAAAACAGCGAGUCGAAUGAUCUGAUUGGCAAAUAGACCUUGUCGCUUAGCAACUUCGCCGGCGCUUUGUGACAAACGUGGCAGGGUUAUCAGGUUAUCUAGCUCGGGAUCUAGGUUUCAGAUUUGGAACCAUGUUCAACUGCGAUUGGAGUUGGUACUUGCUGUGUUUGUGUGGUGCUAGGUAGAUGACACUGGCAUCGGAGGCCAGUAUGCCCCUCCCUGGCUAUUUAAAGUGGGUGACUGUAGGCUCAAUUUUUUUUCUAGUCUAAAUCGACGCCGUUUGCAUCUCGGACCCCCGGCGGAAAAAAAAAAAUAAGACAAAAAAACGGCCCCGCUUAAAAAACACACGCGAAAAAACGCCGUGGCGACGGCUCACGUAAAAAAUUGCAUUUACGGCAGUACAGUAUGUUUCCGGUAACGGGUUAGUGAGUUUAGACCACCUAUCAUCAUCCAGCUAAAUAAAACUGCUGGUUGUGGUGGUCCUCUCCCAGCUCGCCGCUUCCCCGGGGUCCGGGGUGGCGCGGCUUAUAUUUUUUGGGUC